AGAAAACAAGCAAACUUUUCCUUACCUAACACCUCCUGUAGCCGGUCAUCAGUCAGCACUCGGCUACCAACUUCAACCCGAACUGCGGCGGCGCUACGGCGUCGUUUCAACCGGAAGGUUUAGUAAGAUUCUACAGUUUUGAAUGUUCAAGAAUGAACCAUUAGACUCACAUUUAAUCGUCAUCUUCUUGCUUGAACCUGUUGAGCUUUAAGGACUAUCAGGUUGCCGAUUCAUAGUGUGCUUGUAGCGACACAAAGAAAAAGAAGCCGAAGAAAGUGACUAGCCCACCAAAUGAUUUCAUCUGAUCUAAAGCAACAUGAAAAAGGAAAUUACACAUUAAUUGGAGAUGUAGAGAAUAAUGAGCUAGGAUAUUUUGACAAACCCCUCCCUUGCUUUGGCUUUGGAAUAGGAUGGUUUUGCCUGUUAUUUGGGUUCAUAUUCCCUUUGCUUUGGUAUUAUGCAACAAUCUUGUACUUCAGAAAUUACUAUCAAAAGGAUCCAAGGGAGCGAACAGGACUCGCUGCCAGUGCAAUAGCUGCUCUGAUAUUUACAAUUGCAGUGCUUAUUGCAGUAUUCGUUAUCUUCGUUUGAUUUUUGGCUCGUUGUUAUUGUACCAUGGCCCGUAUCAAGGAAAAGCCUGAAUGUGACAUCUUAUGCAUGGAUUAAAAAGCCGGGGAACAUGAAUGGUGUUGUAAAUAUUAAAGUGAGUCUUUAAAUCCAUUCCCAUUAUGAUGUUUCCAUAUUAACUCAUUGUAAAUCUUGCAUGAAGCUUUAGGUAUUAUUGUUUUUGUACUUGAAUUUUAUGUCCCUUUAUGAAUGUUUGAAAUCUUGUUUUAAA